AUGAGGUCAGUGAGGACCUGCCUCUCCCCAGGCCGGUCGCUAGUCCUGGCGGUGCUCCUGGUUGACUCUCUUGGCAAGGAUUUACUUUUUCACCCUGAGUGGAGCUUUGACUCCUAUGAAAUCACUAUCCCCAAGAAGCUGAGCUUCCGUGGAGGGGAGCAGAGAGCGGCCAGCCACGUGUCCUACCUCCUGCAGGUAAAAGGCAAGAACCGUGUCCUCCACCUGAGGCCCAAGAGGUUUCUGUUGCCUCGGAAUCUGCAGGUUUUCUCCUUCACAGAACAGGGGAGACUCUUGGAAGAUCACCCUUAUAUACCCAAGGACUGCAACUAUAUGGGCUUGGUUGAAGGAAAUCCGGAUUCUGAAGUUACCAUAAGUACAUGCAUGGGAGGUCUCCGGGGCAUCCUGAAAAUUGCUGCCAAUCAUUAUCAAAUCGAGCCCCGCAAGGCUUCUUCCAAUUUUGAACACAUGGUAUAUCCCCUGGAGAAAGAGGAGGAAUUUCCUAAUCAGAUCUGUGGCUUAACUAAUGAUGAAACAGUAGAGCAGAUGGCCCAGCGUGAGAACAUGGCUAGGUCUCCAGAUUUCACUGAGUCCUAUGUGCACCAAAAGUACUUGGAAUUAGCCCUGAUCUUUGAUAACAGUAGGUAUUUAUAUUUGAACUCCAAUCUUACUCAAGUCAUAAGUGAUGCCAUUCUUCUGACUUCAAUUGCAGACUCUUACUUUCAAGAUGUCCUUAUGAGAAUACAGCUAUUAGCUGUUGAAGUAUGGACAGACAGAAACAAAAUAAGACUUAAUUCCCCAGAGUUAUCACAAGUCUUAGGCCAGUUUGUGCAGUACAGGUCACGUGACCUACGUCUUCGGAUUCCAGCAGACUGGGCACACCUGUAUGUUCACAAAAAGUUUAAGGAUGCACUUGCUCAUCACUGGGGAAGUGUAUGUAGUAUGAUGCCUUCUGGAUCUACAAGUUCUGUGCUAGAUAGAAACAUCCUUGGCCCCGCCACUUGGACUGCUCAUGUUCUGGGCCAUAGCGUGGGAAUGACCCAUGAUUAUGAAUACUGCCAGUGUAAGGGUAGGCAUAGUUGUAUCAUGGGCACUGGACGAACUGGGUUUAGUAAUUGUAGUUAUGCCGAAUUUUAUUCACAUGUAAGUUCAGGAUUAAACUGUCUAAAUAAUCUCCCAGGCCUAGGCUAUGUGGUUAAGAGAUGUGGAAACAAAAUUGUGGAAGAGAAUGAGGAAUGUGAUUGUGGUUCGACAGAGGAGUGUAAAGAAGAUAGGUGUUGUCAACCAGAUUGUAAAUUCAAACAAGGUGCCAGCUGUAACGUUGGACUUUGUUGUCAUAACUGUCGAUUUCGUCCAUCUGGAUACAUGUGUCGGGUGGAAGAAAAUGAAUGUGACCUUGCGGAGUAUUGCAAUGGGACCUCAGCUUUCUGUCCAAGUGAUACUUAUAAGCAGGAUGGAACCCCUUGCAAGUACGAAGCCCAUUGUUUCAAACAGAGUUGUCAAUCCAGGUAUAUGCAGUGCCAAAAAAUUUUUGGACUUGAUGCCAAGGAUGCUCCUCAUCAGUGCUAUGAUGCAGUUAAUGUAAUAGGUGAUCAAUAUGGGAACUGUGGCAUUACAGGAGUUCAUAAGUAUAAAAAGUGUCCCAAAGAAAGGUCUUUAUGUGGCAGACUACAGUGUAUAAAUGUCGAAACCCUCCCUCAUAUGCCAGAUCACACUAUCCUCAUAUCCACUCACCUGCAUGAAGAAAAUCUCAUGUGCUGGGGCCUUGGCUAUCAUCUAGCCAUGGUACCUAUGGGGUUACCUGACCUGGGCGUGAUAAAUGAUGGUACCUCCUGUGGUAAGGAGCGGGUGUGUUUUAAUAGAAAAUGUGUGAAUAGCUCAGUCCUGAAUUUUGACUGUUUCCCUGAGAAAUGCAACCACCGAGGAGUCUGCAACAGUAACAGAAACUGCCACUGCCUGUAUGGUUGGGCCCCUCCGCUGUGUGAGGAGGUAGGAUAUGGAGGAAGCAUCGACAGUGGGCCUCCAGGACCACUAAAGGAAGGGGUGCCUGUCUCAGUUCAGGUUGUGUCCCUUAUGGUAAUGCGCCUUACUUUCAUAUUUAUCUCAGUGAUCCUUGUGUUAUUUUGGAAUGUCCUAGAACACUUCUGA